GCGAAAUACUAUUAUAACCAGCUUAAGAUCAAUUACAAUUGGGUGCAACCCAUUAAAAUGCGAGUUAUAAUUUUUUUCGUCAGCUUUGCACCACCCAUAAUCGCAAGCAGCAUAAAGCGAGCCACCGUGCUAACAAAUCAUUAAGAGAGACGCCAUCAAAGCGCGGACAACUAUGAACUUCCUCGAGCGGGUGUGUGUGCAAGAGUGUGUAUGUGUGUGUUUGUGAUAUUCAAAUAUAUCAUAAAGUCUCACAUGUUGAGUGCCCGUUAAACUCAAGAGCCGCAACAAGACUUUCCGCACUACUAAAAAAAAACGUAAAUUUAUAAAAUUUCUGCACCGCUGCCUGAAUCGCAGGUGUAUAAAACCCAUUGGAGCAGCUGGAGCCGAAGCUUAAUACAAUUUUGGCAACGAGAUGUACAACAAGUGCUUGAAAUACCUGAUACUAGCGCUGCUUUGCGCUCAGGUGUUGGGCAGGCUGCACAAGCGCAAUGGAUACUUCUACAGACAGCAGCCGCCGGCACAGCAUCAGUUUGGCAGCGGCGGCAGCUACUUUGAGCCCUCGUUGCCAGGACACGAGGAGGUAGUGGAGCUGCAUCAUCAUCCACAGCAGCAACAGCACCAGCAGCAUCAGUCGCCACACCACAGCAGCAGCUCCAAAAGCCAUUCCAGUGACAGCAGCAAGGCAGGUUACAGCAUAGGCAGCGGUCUGCGCUCCAUUGCCCAGGGAUCAGCAGAUCAGGCUUACAGCGCCGUCGCAAAUCAACAUGCUGCCGCCAAGCAGGCGGCCUUCAUAGCCAAAAACACCUUGGCGCAAGCCGCAUCUCAGGCAGCUGCCACAGCGCAAGCGGCGCUCGCGGGCAAGCAGGUGAUACUCCAGGAGCUGGAGCAGCAGGCAGCCGAGGCACAGCGUGCGCUCUCGCGCGAGCUGGAGCAGCUGAAGGCGGCCAAGGUGUCCGCGAAGCUGGCACAACAAACGGCGCAGGCUGCGCACCAUCACAUCUCGGUGCUGACGGCAGCCCUCAACAAUGCCAAGUCGGUGGCCGAGCAAGCAGAGCAAACGGCUACCGAGGUGUCCAAUCAGCAGGCCUCACAGGCCACCAUGGUGGGCCAGGCGAAGAAUCGGGUGGAACAGGUGGAGGAGCAGCUGCAGCAGGCGCGCGUGGACUAUGCUGCCACCAAGGAGUCGGCUCUGAAGGCAGCUUCCUCUGCGGCGGCUGCACAGGUGAAUGCCUCUAAGGCGGCGGCACAUGCUACAGUUGGACUCCAUGAGAGCAUCAAUCAGCAGGAGCAGCACCGUGACGAGGAGCUGGAGUCGUAUGACGAACAGCUUGACACCAGCGGAGUGGGUCACACAGCCAGCGACGGGGCUGAAGAGCGAUCACACUCCGGCUAA